AUGGCUCAAUCAGGCACCGAGUUGUUCUCGACAUCUUGGACACUCCAUCGACUCUCGCGCCUGUAUCAUAGUCAGGAUAGCAGCAAGCCACUCCUUGAUGCGCCAGAGUGUACUCGCGCCUAUGCCAACCAGUUACGCGACGCACUCACAGGAAAUGUACUAGGUGGGAUCGUACAGUCUGCGGUGCCGUCUGCCAAUCCAAGUCGCCUGGAUGAUGUCCUCGCCAGAGCUGGCGCGCUCAAGGAAUGCAAGUGGACAAACAUCCCAACGUGGAGUUACUGGAAUGAAGAGCAUUCUAUACUGGAAGACCCUGACCACGAUUCUCCCUUGAUUCUUACCCCGGAUCAGUCUGCUGGAAUUCUCAUCAGCCUGCAGUACGAGAAUGCCAGCUAUAAGGCGGCCCUGCUGGCCGGUCCGGAUGGAUAUCGCAAUGAGAGCGUCGGCGGAGCAGAAGGCACUACAUUCCUACCGCUGCUGGUAACUAGGAUGCCAAACGCGUUGAGACAGUCGCUGAUUUCCUUCUUAUCUGAGACCUUUGACACUCGAGUCUCUGUAUUACGCUUGCCAUCGAGCUUCUUAUGCAGCGCUCUUGAGAAAUAUUUGGCCACGCUCAAUCGUAUGAGCGGUCGAGCGAGUGGACGGAGAGUUGUAUCUACAGUGGAAUCACGCACAUUUAUAGAAUCCGUUGUCAAGGAAGUGCAGUUAACAUUCUCAUUCCCACCACCGAUUUCAACGGAUCUAAAAUCUCUCGAUAUACAUCUUCCGCGCGAUUCUCUCAGUGCAUUCUAUGAGCAUGGCCUUGGAACUCUGGAAGCCGACAGUCACAAGGAGAAAGACGUCCCUUCGGCGCCGUUUCUAACAGCUCUGUCAAAAUACUUUGACCAGAAUCUUGCUAUGAAAUUAGAUCUGACGGAUUUUACGGGACAGUCAGCCACGUCAACGGAGAACCCGAAAGGGAAAUAUAUUAGGUUAACAAAAGUCUCCUGUGGUGCGUUUGUUCUUGGUUCAGAAGGCCGAAUAAAAUUCCUCGCCAACCCAGGGCGUACCAUUCUAUUAGAUGAUUCCGAUAUUGAAGAAGAGGGAGAUGGAAUUGACAUCGAUGAAAGAGAAAGGGGCCUUGUAUGGAAGGCAAACGAAGAACUGUUGCGAAUUUUGAUUACAAGGGCUACAGGGAAAGAAGGCGGCGGUUAA